AUGUACGGUUUCAACAUCAUCACUACGGUGGCGCUCUUCGGGCUGGCCCAUGCCGGAGAUAAGAUCGGAUUUGGACCAAACUUCGCUGUGAGCUCAACCGGUAGCACAUGGAUCAAAGAGGGCAAUACUACCCUCAUUUUACCCGAGACUCCUUCGCCACAGGUAGAGCGUCUGGCUAUCUGGCCUGGGAUGGAGACUUCCAACGGCAAUCUGGUGCAGGCACUCGCUGUCUCCUUUGAGGAUCCCGCAGCGAACUGCGGUGCACAGAAAGGACAAUGGUGCGUUUGGGCUAGCACACUGCAAGAGACUCAAAUUUCUGGAAAGAUGGUGCCCGCAUCACCUGGGGAUAGAAUAACUAUGCACUACGUUUACAAUGACUCGACUGGCGAAUAUGACCAGUCUUCGGCCAUCAAUGGAGAGAUUGUCUCUACUCUUUCUACCAGCUCUGGGCAAGCUCAGAGGUGGGAUGUUGCUGUAGAAUGUCAGGUAGAUGCCUGCACGCGUCGCUCUCCUCCUCACAGAUAUGUUGAUACAACAAUUAUACUCAACGAAGCGAACCCUUACUGGUCGCAAGGCUUAAACACCAAGUGGUCUGAAAACUCAGGCCUGGAGACUACUGACGGGGGCAGAACAUGGACAGUGAGUACCAUCGAACUCAAUUCGCACUUAUAUGACGAGAGCGAUAUCCAGUACGAUUAA